GGCAACAAAUCAAACCUGUGGAAGAGAGGCAGCAACCUCAACAAGUGUUAGAGAAGUUCCAACAGUCUGAAAAAGUGGCAGAAAGGCAACAACCUGAAAAAGUGGCAGAAAGGCAACAACCUGAAAAAAUAGCAGAGAGUCAACAACCUAGUGAUAAAGGUUCUUGUAACCCUGGAUCAUUUGGCAACAUUCCUGAGGGUCUCUUUCCUGUUAAUAUAUAUUUAUCAUCCCCGAUUCGUUGUUUGGUUGCUCGUGGCAAACUAUAUAACACCAAAGGUAACACGGUGCACGGCAUGACAUUACCACCUGGGUAUGUUAAGGUUAAUAUUGAAGUUGCUAUUGUGCCAAAUGCUUCAUUGCCUAUAUCUGUUGAUGGUGGAGAUGUAUCCCUGGUUGGUCAUGCAAUAGGAACAAUUGUGCCAUGGCCAAUGAAACUUCUUGAAUUUGCUGCUGAAUGUGAAAAGAUUCCUGAUCAAUCCCAAAUCAAAGGUAAGAAUAUUCAACGCAAUGUUGAAUAUUCAGUUUCAUCACCUAACAAAAGCAACAAAAGGUUCAAAAUUGAAGAGUCUCCUAGAGUUGGUGGUUCAACUGGUCUUGCAAAUUUACCAUUCCUUGAUAUGUAUGUGAAAAAGAUGAUGAGGGUUGGAUCGUUAAUUGAAAUAAAAAUGGAGGAAAGUAUAUUUGGUGAGGAGUUUUUAGAGCAGCUACGUGUAGAGAGUAUAAAAGAGAUUCUUGAUCACAAUUGGUUAGGUGCAUCUAUUAUCACUGUAUUUGCCAGAUAUUUGUAUGACAAGUUUAUUAGUCCAAAUGGAUUAAUAAAUAAGUUCUCCUUCAUUUCCCCACAUGUAUCACGGGAGGAUAAUCUAGGAAAUGCUAUAGCAAAAAUACUCUUGAAAGAUGAGGAGUUCAAGGAUAAGAUGAUUCUUGCACCUUGCAAUCUAGGGAAACAUUGGGUGUUGCUUGUCAUCAAUCCCGAUACUGAGGUGAUAUAUUACAUGGAUCCAUUGAAUGGUGAGCUAACAAAACAUCAAAAUUUAAAAACAAAGUUUGAGAACGCUUUGCAAAUUUAUCGUGCUAAUAGUAAUUCUAAAGUGCCUAAAGUGUCAAAGUCAAAGAAAAUCUCAUGGCAAAAAAUAAAGUGUCCCCGACAAAUUAAUAGCAUUGAUUGUGGAUAUUUUGUAAUGCGAUUUAUGAAAGAGGUCAUCAUGGAAAAUGAAAUUAUGAUCCCUGCAAAUUACUUUUCUGACCACAAAUGCCGCACCUACUCUCAUGAUAAGUUAACCGAGAUCAAGGAGGAUUGGGCUACCUAUAUGGUGGAUGAUGUUUUCGGAAAACAAGAAGCGGUUAUUUUGCCUAGCUAAAUGAUUAGUACUCAUGGAUUCAGCGCUUUUGGUUUCAUGAAGAAUAGGAGAAUUACUUGGUGUUGCUUUGUUGUCGUUUCUUAUUUUUUAGGUGUUUUAUUUAGAGAAUACGACUUGUUAUUUUGGGAUUUGGAUUAAAGUACUCUUAGAUUGGAUGCAUGCAUCUAUAAGUUUGGCUAUGCAAAUGUCCUCUUAUUUUUAAGU